AUGAAUGCACGCGUCCUUGAAGACAUCGUAUACGACUGGGCGUCUUUGUAUCUUACCAUAUCUUGUGAGGCGCUUGCGUCUCUCGCAAUCAUUGUAAGCGUAACUCCCCCCCGAGUCUACGUUGACCAACACCUCCUUGGACGUGUAGACAUGCAAACUUUUUUCCGUGAAUCGCCAGGCCUCGCGACGAUAUUAACAGAAACUGCCAAGCGGCAAGCUGUCAGUGCUACGCUGCUCUAUGAAUCUCUUCUUCGAUAGUCGCUACGUGAUGCAUCCAAAGACACCCGGCUUAAUCACCCAUAGUUGCCUAUACGCAGCUCAGAUAUAUCAUGUCAAUAACACAAAAGCAUCCCCAAAUAUGGUGGGAACUUCUUAAACGCGU